AUGGUAAAGCAUCCUUUUAUUGGAAUCAUUAUCAGCACUGCUGAUGCGAUCAAAAGGUUGAGAAAAGAUUUGUUUACGAAUAGGGGUUACGAUCCGAUGAUAAUACCCGUCAAGAACUGGAGCCAUACUCUUAACGUUGCCGUUACUUUCAAUUUGGAUGAUCAACACCUAACGUGGAAACCGGAAGAUUAUGGCGGAAUCGGUGCCAUUCGUGUCAAACCCGAAGAAGUGUUUAAACCCGAUAUCAUGUUAUAUAACGCGGCGGAUGUGCUGUCAAUGAAAGACAACUUAAUUCAGACAAAUGUGUUGUUGUAUUCAAAUGGUGUAGUGUUUUGGGUUCCGCCCAUACUAUUGAAAUCGUUUUGUCAGUUAGACUUAACCGACUGGCCGUACGAUCAACAAAAUUGUUGGCUUAAGUUCGGGUCGUGGACUCACGACGGACUCGCCAUCAAUAUAUCCGCGGACUCCAAGAUAUCACUCUCUGACUACUGGACGAGUCAAGAAUGGGAUGUCUUAGACACCAGAACAGAGAGAAAGGAUAUGUACUACGACUGCUGUCCGGAGCCCUAUCCAGACGUGACAUUCUUCUUGAGAUUGAAGCGAAAGACAUCUCUCUAUCACUACACGGUCUUCAUUCCCGUCACGACUGCUUUUGGUUUCGGAACCGACACUAUCCCAUACGCCGUUCGUUAUAUAAGUCGAAUAAUACUAACAAUUGGGUUAACUCUGGUUUGGACUACAAUUGCACAUAACGUACAGAAUCUGAACAUUCAAUUGCCUGACGCUAUGAGACGAGUGACGGCUACCACUCAAUGGCUUGUCGUCUAUUCAGGCAAUGAAAACAGCGAUACAAAUGGCUUAAUAAGUGACGAUAACGUCAACAAUAAUCCUAAGGAUAAAUCACUUGAGAUAUUAAUCCUAUUAAUUGAUAAACUAAUGUUCGGAAUAUUCUUUAUUCUGUUCUAA